GCGCUGCAGUUCCGCCUUCUGUUAACUCGCGACGAUCACAGGAUCGCCAGGGUUUACUUUCGUUUUGAGAUUGGACGUCUUUGCCACUUACAUCGUGUGUAUUACCUGAAAAAGAAUAUAUAUACAGGGCGUUUUUCAGUACAGUCCGACAAUAGUUGCCGUCAUGAGAGGAUUUAUCUGCGUUGUUCUUCUGGCUCUAAUCGGCGCUUCACUGGCGAAAAUCUCUUCACCCACAGUUCAGGUGUAUAGCCAUAAGAAAGAAGAGGAUGGCAAGCCCAACACCUUGAUCUGUCACGUGACCAAUUUCUACCCACCAGUGAUCACCAUCGAGCUGUUGAAGAAUGGCAAGCCAAUGGCCAUGGUUAAAGAGAAAGACCUGGCAUUUGAGGAAAACUGGUAUUACCACCUGACCAAAUUUGCGAACUUCACCCCGGAAAAAGGCGCAAAAUACACUUGCAGCGUAACCCACAACGAGAAAACGAUCGAGCACAUUUGGGAAUCAGAUCUUUAAGCUAUAAUCUGUGCCUAGUUCCAGUUGUGCUCAGUCUGGAGGAGACCCAUUUUGACUUUGAUGAGCAGCCAACAAUUUUGAUUUGUGGACAAAAUAAGACGUCGUCAGGUUUUGGAGGCACCAAUGAACAUACUUUAAUAUUUUGUGAAAUCAGCAACUGACUAAUGGAUUAUGAAAAUGAUUGUUAGUUGCAGCCCUAGCUCUCAGCAACAGGUUUCUCUAUGUUUUUAAAGGAUAUAGUGGUUUUAAAGGGAUAGUUCAUGCUUGUUGAAGUGUUGUUGUAUGAGGUAUGGACACAGUUGACCAUGGCCAAUCUGGAAUUGCCAUUAUCUCUGAACUUUUUGACAGUACUAGAUGUCCAGGAAAUUCACACCAAUUAGACCAGCUGUAAAUCACCACAUGACAACACUCCUUCGAUCACAUCAGUGAAUUUCUGAUGAUCAUUCGGACGCACACAUGGAAAAGUAAGAAAAAAUAACUUCUUAUGACAUGAUGUUAAAAGUAGACCAACUCGGAAAUGAAUUUGCAAUUUGUCUUCCUCAAAUAAUAGCAUAAUAAUUUAGUCAUCCGCUACAACGAUAAAGUAAUCCAACUCCUCUAAUGUAGUUGAUGGCAACUGUGUUGUGUCCAUUUCCUUUGUUGAGAACCUGCUCACUGACAGACAUGUUCUCCUUUAGCAAGCUGCACAGUCAGUGCUAGCUGUCUGUGCUAACCUCAUACAACAUUGCUUCAAAAAAACAAACAAACCCAAUAACUAUUACUUUAACUGGUGCUUUGUAUAAUAUCUGCUGCUUCAUACAGACAGGAAAACCUUCAACCUGCAUAUAUAUAUAUAUACAUAAAGAAUUUUUAAUUUUCAGUGUUUUUUUCUAUUAUCUUUAACUAAGUACUCUUCCAGGGGAAUAUGAUUUAUUUUAAAGGAUGACUUCACACCUGAGCACUUGCUGAUGUUAUUAACUCAUAUGGCAUAUAGUCAACAUAUCAAUAAGUAGACAUUCACUGCAAGGGCCUUUUAUUACAAAUAUAUGUGGGAUUAAUAAAAGAGUAUGUGGUUGUAAAUUCAUUUGUCCCUCUCCCUUUGUACCAUCAAUCUCAUCAUCAGUGAUCAGGGUUCCCACAGGUCUUUGAAAACCUUGAAAGUUUGUGAAUAUGAAAAAAGAUUUUAAAAAUAGCCCUAAAUAGAUAGGGCUUGAAUUUUGUGUGAGUAACCUUAAGUAAGAGAUGGCAAAUUGUGUGAUGCCUGGGGAAAUGCAAAUUCCAAGACCUCUGGCUCACAAAAAGGAAAUAUAAAAGAGUGGCUUGCCCAACAUCCCAAGGGCAAUCACUUGGCCAGAUGCAGAACGUGCUGCAAAUCAAUAAAAGUGGACACUGUGCAAAGCGGCUCUUACAAUUUGCCCUCCCAUCUUAAGCUGUGUCGGCACAGCACUUCAAUUCCAGGGAAUUUGGUCGUGAAAAGUCCUUGAAUUUGAUUUCAACUUAGGUGUGGGAACCCAGGAUAUUUGUCAUCAGCGGUUUGUCAGCCAUGCCAUAAUGCAUAGAGGUGCUGCACAUUAAGUAUGCUACCAUCUCCUUUACUUAAAAAGUUAGAGUAUAAUCUUAAUUUUUUAACAUGUCUGUAUUUGUGUAAUUAUGCAAUUUUUACUGCAGCUGUAAGGUGUCAGAAAAGUGUGAAAAUGUACCUUCAAGGUGUUUGCAAUGUUCUUCAACAUGCUAUUCAUUACAAUAAAAAUAACUACUGAUUUUCA